AUGUCAAGGCUGAUGAUUGACUCGACUGUACACCUUCCUCGUUCCGGAAUCGAGCUUCCUUUACUGGGACUUGGUGUGUUCCGCAAUGAAGACCCCCAGACCGCGUGCCUUGCGGCUUUGAAGCGCGGGUACAGGCACAUUGACUCUGCGCGCAUGUACUACAACGAAGCGCAGGUCGGUGAAGCCGUCCGCAAUAGUGGUUUGCCCCGCGAGGAGGUGUUUAUCACCUCCAAAAUAGGAAACUCAGAGCACGGUUACGAGCGCACCAAGGCCGCAGUCGUAUCAUCGCUCGGCAACUUCAAGUUCGCAUAUAUCGACCUCAUGCUCAUGCACAGUGCCAUGUCUGACAAGGAGCGCCGGCUCGGGUCCUGGCGCGCGUUGGUGGAGGCUAAGGCGGCCGGCCAGCUACGCUCCAUCGGAGUCUCGAACUACAACGUGAAACAUAUGGAGGAGAUCCGCAUUGCAGGAUACGAGAUGCCAGACGUCAACCAAAUUGAGCUCCACCCUUUGUGCCAACAGAAGGAGAUUGUAGACUACUGCAACCAGCACGGUAUCGUGAUUGAGGCGUACACCCCCCUCAUUCGUGCAAGGUGGGACUAUCCUGUGAUCCUCGAAACUGCCGCCAAGCUCAACAAGGGUCCGGCUGAAGUGCUCGUUCGCUGGUCUCUACAGCGCGGGUUCGUGCCCCUACCUAAGUCCUCAAACCCUGACCGCGUGGUUUCGAACGCCGACGUCUACGACUUCGAGCUCAGUGACGAAGACAUGAAGCGCCUCGACGCGCUCGACCGCGGCCAGGCCGGCGCAGUCACCUGGAACCCCAUCAACGUAGAUUAG